AUGGUUAGUACCAUCUCCGCUGCAGUGGCCUCGCCAACUCUGACGAUUGGUCGCCCGUCUUCACCUGCCCCUACGCCUCCUGCUCGUCGUGUUUUCCGCACAAAUGCUCAAGUCUCUGAACUGGCUACGCCGCCUAGCCGUAAGCUUAUACAGUUCAACGUUAACGGCCUACUCGGCAAGCUUGACCAGCUCCUCGCAUUCAUGCGAUCGCACUGCAUAGCUGUAGCGGCUAUCCAAGGGACGAAGUGGCCUAACUCCACCAAGGUCUUUUUCUGUGCAGACUACACGAUCGUCCGUCGCGACCGCGGUCGUAACAAAGACGGAGGUUUGGCCUUCCUGGUGGACAAAUAUAUUGCUCAUCAUCAGCUACCGCUGCUUGGUGCCGAUCCAACGAAAGUACUGGCCAUUUCCUUCGACAUUGGUCCGGCGCCGCUAACCGUUGUGUAUGUCUACAUCCCUCCAACUUUCAGUUGUCCUUCCGGUUUCACCGCCUCUAUUGCUCCCUACUUACUUGAUAUAAACUAUCCGACUCUGGUUUACGUCAACCGCCCAGACAUUGUUAUGGUAACGGAGAUAUGGGCAUCGCCCUGUGUAGCUGACUCCGAACUUUCUAUUCUAGGCUAUACGUGCACUGGGAAUGAUCGUAAGAAUGGCUGCGGCGGAGGAAGCUGCAUCUAUAUUAAGCAGCCGCUUACAUCUAUGCCGCUGGACUAUCUACAAUUUAUGGCGGCAUUUCAUGCCGCAGCCGACUUGAAUCGUAAGUACUGCUUGAUUGCAGGUGACUUCAAUCUUCCUGAGGUGCAGUGGUGUCCACCCUCCAGUCCCUCAAAGUUUGUGAACUUACUUGAGGCCGUAGCUAUCGGUAUGUGGAAUUAG